AACGCGCAUGCGCAGUUGCUGUCUACUCUCUUCCUUCUACCUCUGCAGCUGAUUGAUUGUAACCUUUAUUAUUAAGCGUUACUGGGGCAACAGUGGUAUUAGUUUUUAUAUAUUACGGACUGUUUUUGCUCAAUAAGAGGAUUUCGAGUGUCUUUUAUGAGUAAUCAAAGGCAGCAGAAGCCUACGCUAACAGGCCAGCGUUUCAAAACCAGAAAAAGAGAUGAAAAGGAGAGGUUUGACCCUACCCAGUUUCAGGAAAGUAUCGUACAAGGUCUGAACCAAUCUGGAUCUGAUUUGGAGGCUGUCGCAAAGUUCCUUGACGCCUCUGGCGCCAAGCUCGACUACCGACGCUAUGCUGAGACUCUGUUCGACAUCCUGGUGGCUGGUGGAAUGCUUGCCCCAGGUGGAACCUUGUCAGAUGAGGUAACUCGCACGGAUUUCUGUCUCUUCAAAGCACAAGAGGACAUGGAGACCAUGCAGGCAUAUGCCCAGGUCUUUAACAAGCUCAUCAGGCGUUACAAAUACCUGGAGAAAGGCUUUCAGGAGGAGAUUAAAAAGCUGCUGUUGUUUCUCAAGGGCUUCACAGAGUCUGAGCGCAACAAGCUAGCCAUGCUAACAGGAAUUCUGCUGGCCAACGGCAAUCUCUCCGCAGCCAUUCUCAGCAGCCUCUUCAAUGAGAACCUAGUCAAAGAAGGUGUCUCAGCGUGCUUCGCUGUAAAACUCUUCAAAUCCUGGCUUUCCGAAAAGGACAUCAACUCUGUUUCUGCCAGUCUCCGAAAGGUUGGCAUGGACAGCAGGCUCAUGGAGCUGUUCCCUGCCAACAAGCGAAGUUGUGAGCAUUUCUCAAAGUACUUCUCAGACGCCGGACUGAAGGAGCUUUCAGACUUUGCCAGAAACCAGCAGUCCAUGGGUGCUCGCAAGGAGCUGCAGAAAGAGCUCGAGGAGCAGAUGUCACGCGGGGACCCCCUCAAAGAUAUCAUCCUCUACGUCCGAGAGGAAAUCAAGAAGAACAACAUCUCCGAGCAGACGAUGAUUGCACUAAUUUGGUUCAGUGUAAUGAGCUCCGUGGAGUGGAACAAGAAGGAGGAGCUGGUCACAGAACAAGCCAUCAAACUUUUAAAGCAAUACAGCCCACUGUUGAAGGCGUUCACCUCCCAGGGCCUCUCUGAACUCACUCUCCUGCUGAAGAUCCAGGAGUACUGCUACGACAACAUCCACUUCAUGAAGGCCUUCCAGAAAAUUGUUGUGCUGCUCUACAAAGCGGACGUAUUGAGUGAGGAGGCAAUUCUGAAGUGGUACAACGAAGCCCACGUUGCCAAAGGAAAGAGCGUUUUCCUUGAACAGAUGAAAAAGUUUGUUGAAUGGCUCAAGAAUGCAGAGGAAGAAUCCGAGUCUGAGGAAGAGGAGGCGGACUGAGGACCUCUAGCUAUAACUACCAUCUUGAUUUGUACUUUUACCUUAACAUAGAUGCAGUAGAGGGACUUGUUCCAGAAGUCUGCCUGUAUUUUGUUUUUUCCUUCUCUCUUCCCUACCUCCUAAUAUCUAGUUCAACUGUACUGUAAGGGCUUUAAUGUUUCUUUACUUUCCAUCAUGUUUUCUGUCUCAAUCAAUACUUGUCCUCUUCUUUUUACUCCUCCAGGAGCCGGUCACAGUGCCACAUUUAGCUAAAUAGAUUGAAAAACCCCUUCCAUGUAACAAAGGGGGACAUUUUUUUGGACAGAUGGUUCCCUUUAAAAUUAGCCAGUUUGGAGGCAUAUUUCACAGCUAUUAUAUUUAGUCAUGGAACUCAUUCUUAAUUGCCAGAGGUCCAUCUGUGUAGCCAUGAUAUCUGGGUCCUCUGAAAGGCAAACUGUUUUUGUAAUCUCGUUUUACAUUUCUGCCAAUUUUGUGACAACUUUGAAUUUUUUGCCAUUUCUUUUGGAUUCUGUCUGGAUUAUUAUAAGUGAUGGAGAUGUGCCAUUUCCAAACAGCAGCGGUCAUGGCUGCAAUGCCCCAUACUUUUAUUGUUCUCUACAUCUUGAACCAUGCAAUUAUUGUAUUCUUUUCCUUUACCAUACAGUUUGACUUUUUAAAAUAAAGGGAAAUUAAUGGUUUUCA